AACGCCAAGAGUUACUACUAUGCUUUCAUACUUAUAUUUCAAACAUACACCUCCUCCCAACCAAAAGUCAACGCCUCUCUCUCUCUCUCUCCUUCACCUCUUCUUUUUUUGCUCAUUUCUCCCAUUUUUCUCUCUUCACACUUAACACAAAUGAAUCUUUGAGGGCUUUUUGAAAGGUUUAACAAAACCACAAAAUCUGAAAUUUCUCUUUGGUUCUAUUAGUUUUAGAGGCUUUUUUCUUUAAAUGGGUAACGGUGUAGGAAAGCUCAGCGUCUGCUUCACCAGCGGCGGCGGCGGCUGCGCCGUCGAGUCCCGUCGCCGGAAGGAUUUCCCCUUAAUGAUUUCCGACCCACUUGAAGACCUGGGUCACUCCUUCUGCUACGUCAGGCCCGACCCGACCCGAAUUUCGUCCUCCAAGGUUCACUCCGAGGAGACCACCACUUUCCGGUCAAUCUCCGGCGCCUCCGUCAGUGCCAACACCUCCACGCCGCUGUCCACGGCGUUCGUCGAUCUGUAUUCUUACAACAGCAUCGAUAGGUCUUCGGCCUUUGAGGGGUCCACCUCCUUUGCUUCAAUACCUCUUCAGCCAAUUCCGAGAAACUCCUCUAUCCACUCCGGCCCGCUUUCGACUUCGGGGCUUAUUUCAGGUCCCGGCCCGGUUGAACGUGGCUUCAUGUCCGGCCCGAUUGAGAGGGGAUUUCAAUCGGGCCCCCUCGAUCGUGGUCUUUAUUCGGGCCCUCUUGAAAGAAGCUAUUGUCCUGAUCAGUUCCAAAGAAGUUAUUCACAUGGUUUUGCUCUUCGAUCCAGAGCAAGAAAAGGGUCUUUUAUCCGGGUCCUCCAAAGAGCUAUUUCAAAGACCUUAUCAAGAGGUCAAAAUUCAGUUGUUGCACCGAUUAAAGGGUCAAUUUCAGUGAAAGAAAGUGAUUGGAUAGUGGGUUCUGAGAAGCAGAACGAAUUGACAAUCAGCAGUGUGAACUUCAGCAGUGAGUGCAGCUUGGAUGAUGAUGACUCGUUAGAAAAUCAGAAUCUUCAGUGGGCUCAAGGGAAAGCUGGUGAAGAUCGUGUUCAUGUUGUAGUUUCUGAGGAACAUGGUUGGGUUUUUGUUGGGAUUUAUGAUGGAUUUAAUGGUCCUGACGCACCUGAUUUUUUAGUAACUAAUUUGUACCCAGCUGUUCACAAAGAACUCAAGGGAUUGUUGUGGGAUGACAAGUCAGAUUCAUCUAAUACUGAUAAUAGUACAAUCCCAGCUUCGAGUAUGGAAGUGAAAGAGGAAUCAAAUCAGAUUUGUGAUGAUGAUUUUACAAGGGAUAGGACUAAAGAUGGUUGUUCAAGAUGCGUUGAACAAGAGAAUUAUCCUUCAGCAAGAGAGGAUCUUUAUUUCGAUUCGCGGUUAAAGAAAAAGAGGGGGAAGGUUUCAAAGAGUAAGUACAGAGGAUUAGCAAAGAAAUGGGAAGAAAAUCAGAGGAGGUGGCGGUGUGAAUGGGAUAGGGAAAGAUUAGAACUUGAUAGGAGAUUGAAGGAGCAGCUGAAUGGAAAUGGUUCUAAUGGAUCAGGAUCAGUUAAUCAUGAAGAUGUUUUGAAAGCUCUUUCUCAAGCACUGAAGAAAACAGAAGAGGCAUAUUUGGAUCUAGCUGAUAGGAUGGUUAUGGAAAAUCCUGAGUUAGCUUUGAUGGGUUCUUGUGUUCUUGUUAUGUUAAUGAAGGGGGAGGAUGUUUAUGUGAUGAAUGUAGGCGAUAGUCGAGCUGUGUUAGCUCAGAAGAAGGAGCCUAAUCUCUGGAGCCAAGAUUUGGAGCGGAUCAAUGAAGAGACUUUGAAUGAUCUUGAGCUUUUAGAUGGUGAUGAGUCGAACAGUAUACCUAAUUUAACUGCUAGUCAGCUUAGUACAGAUCAUAGUACAUCUGUGGAAGAGGAAGUUCAAAGAAUAAGAAGUGAACAUCCAGAUGAUGCAUAUGCUUUGAUGAAUGACCGCGUGAAAGGUUCUUUGAAGGUUACCCGGGCUUUUGGUGCUGGUUUCCUGAAACAGCCUAAAUGGAACAAUGCGCUUCUGGAGAUGUUCAGAAUUGAUUAUAUUGGAACUUCUCCCUACAUCAGUUGUCUACCAUCUCUCCAUCAUCACAGAUUAGGGCCGAGAGACAGGUUUUUGAUACUGUCAUCUGAUGGGCUUUAUCAGUACUUCACAAAUGAAGAAGCUGUUUUAGAAGUUGAACAUUUCAUCUCAUGGUCACCUGAUGGAGAUCCUGCACAACAUCUUAUUGAGAAAGUAUUGUUUCGUGCGGCCAAAAGAGCUGGUUUGGAGUUUCACGAGUUGCUUGAAAUUCCACAAGGGGAUAGACGCCGGUACCAUGAUGAUGUUUCAAUUAUUGUUAUUUCGUUGGAGGGGAGAAUAUGGAGAUCCAGUGCGUAAGUAGGGAAAAAAAAUAAGAAGAUAAAAUCGGAUAGAGCUAUUCAAAGUGACAAUCAAACAUCCAAUUUUUGUUCUUUCCUUGUCACCAUUUUGUAAAAUAGCAGCUAAGCCCUGGAACCAGUGAUGUCUUAGUUGUAAAAUGUAGUGGUGAUGGGAUUGUAAAGGUAUUUAGAUGAACUCUUUAUCCGUUUAUAAGCUGUCAUAUAAAUUGUAAUUUCUCUAAUAAAUGACAUCUCUAAGAAAUUAAAGAA